GUAGGUGUUUAUGCGCGUAGUACACACACAGCCGCGCUCCGAUGAGGUCGCUCGCGAUAACGUAAACGGGAAAUGUGAAUGAUGCCGCUUCCCGAACUGUUGAAAAGGGCCUCGAGUUACUUCCUAGGACUGGAGUUCGAGGACUACGAAGAACUGCCCGACUAUGUCGACAAUGAAAUAUUGUUCUGCAAAAACAACGUGUGCGUACAUCCUCCGACUGUCGCGAGGCAUGAGCUCGAUGUUAUCCACCAUCCAGGCUAUCUAACUGUCACUACCAAGGUAUUUACAGAUCAACAUAACAAUGCCAAACGACCCACGCUAUUCUUAAACUGGAUACCUAAUUCUACGCUCAAGAAAUGCCCUUCAGCCGUAGAAACAAGUCCGAGCGAUGAAUUGGGACUACGCAAAACUACCAAAGAAACCAAACCAAAGGACUCAAAUAAAAAGAUCGAUUCUAACAACGAAAAUGCAUUUUCAGACUCUUCGGAAACAACCAGUAUUAAUUCUAACUCCGACAAACAUAGUAUUAAGUCUAAUGAUAUGCGAUACACGCAGAAUGAAACUACUACGCAAGAUGAUUUGACAUCCAGCUCAAAACCUACAGUAAAGACCGUAGAUUCGACCAAAGAUAGCGUUUUCGGUAGUUUUGAGAAAGAUGAAAACAAGGAUGAUGUGUUUAUGUUUGAUAAACACGUGAGGUCGCAGUCUAUGACAUCAGUCAACAUAACUAUUGCUAAUCCGACUGUCGAGAACAUCGAUUUGACUCCUGACUCGGUGUCUGGUGACAAGUUUAUAAGGUCGCUCUCUAUGAGCUCGUGCGACGAAGGCAACCCCAAUUGGAUGAGCACUCCGGAAUUUCUGGCGCUGAAGCACAACCUGGUGUUCCCUGAGAGUGUGCAGAGCUCACCGGUGCCACAGAGACGCGCGCCGAUUAAAUGUCGAAGGUUCUCCGUAGACCUGAGUCAGAUGCGAUCCCUACGGCUAUUCUUCAACGACGACAACUGCACGUGCGGGCAACUGGUGGUUGCGUCUCGGGAAUCGCAGUACAAAAUCCUGCACUUUCAUCAUGGCGGUCUGGACCAUCUGGCACAAGUGUUACAUCGGUGGCAUUCACUGCUGCACAACAUCAGGCGAGCGCCGGGAUCAGAAGAGCCCAAUUUGCCGUAUCGACAUUUCAUGGUCUGCCGUCCCGAAGUACAAAAAUCAGAGCAGCAUCCUGAAGAAGGAAAGAUACCGAAAAUCACACCUGAAAUAUUUUACGGAAAAGUUAUGAAUGGGAAGGGGUUGAUUGAAGACGACUUGUUCUUGAGAAAAGGCGUUUUCUUUGGAGGGUUAGAUAAGGAAUUACGAAGAGAAGUCUGGCCUUUUUUGCUGCAUUGUUACCCAUAUAAUACUACUUAUGACGAAAGGGAAAUUAUUCUUCAAUUAAGGACUAGAGAAUAUGAAGAAAUUACCCGGAAAAGGCUGGAGAAGAUGACCCCGGAACAAUACGCACUGUUUUGGAAGAAUGUGCAGUGCGUUAUUGAGAAAGACGUAGUGAGGACAGAUCGGGGAAAUCCAUUCUUUGCCGGAGAAAACAAUUAUAAUGUAGAGCUAAUGAAGAAUAUUUUGCUGAAUUAUGCUGUAUAUAAUCCUGUGUUAGGCUACACGCAAGGCAUGAGUGACUUGCUGGCGCCCGUUCUCUGUGAAAUAAAAUGCGAAGCCGAAGCCUUCUGGUGUUUUGUGGGGCUGAUGCAGCGCGCCAUAUUUGUUUGCACGCCUACGGACAAUGAUAUGGAUAUUAAUCUUAGCUAUCUACGUGAAUUGAUAAGGAUAAUGUUACCGCAUUUCUACAAACACUUGGAAAAGCACGUGGACGCCAUGGAACUUCUCUUCUGUCAUCGGUGGAUAUUAUUAUGUUUCAAGCGAGAAUUCACGGAAGCCGUAGCGCUUCGCAUGUGGGAAGCGUGCUGGGCGAACUACCAGACGGACUACUUCCACCUAUUCCUCUGCCUGGCCAUCAUAGCGGUGUACGCCGAUGACGUCAUCGCUCAAGGCCUCAACACUGAUGAGAUGCUGUUGCACUUCAGUUCAUUAGCGAUGUACAUGGACGGUCAGCUGAUCCUGCGCAAAGCUCGGGGCCUACUCCACCAGUUCCGGCAGCUGGUUCGUAUUCCUUGCUCUCUGGCCGGAUUGUGUCAGCGCUGCGGCCCCGGCAUCUGGGACUCGGCACACCGGCCCAGCGUCGAGUGCAAUGGAGAACACGACUUCUGCAAAUACGCUGUACAGUAGCUUAUGACUGUAACAGACAAGACAUAGUGGCACUACAAAAAUCUGCGGACAGCAACUGAUCCUUCACAAAGCACGAGAAGAUUUAUUUACAUCAGUUCCGGAUUGUCCGCGUCUCCUGCUCGCUAGCGGGUCAGUACCGAAAAUAAUUCUGCGACUUACUUGGUUGGCACGUUGACCCAAAAUGAGCCUUGGUGUUAGAGACACAAGAGCACGCCAACUUGCUCAAUCCAGAGCAAAAUGAUGCCAUCAGCCUACCCUGAUGCUGGGCGCCUUAUUGUAUUAAUAUGCAAUUCUGCGUUGCUUUGCCAUUUUGUUCAACCUUCGUGCUACAAAUAGACAGAACGGGGAGGAUUGAUGAUUGAUAUUGUCGCAGUACCUACUAUGGUCAGGCCACUCUUUGCCAAAGUAAAUAUUAAGCCUGGCGUCCACUGAGGUUGAAUCGUACAUUUAGAGUACAUUUGAUACGUCGCUAAUUAAUGGAUGCAGUUUUUAACCGACUUCAAAAAAGGAGGAGGUUCUCAAUUCGACUGAUUUUUUAUUUAUUUUUUGUAUGUAUGUUACUCGAUUUCUUACAUACACGCAUAUAUUAAUAUUUAGUUAAAAGAAAAAUUCAUGCAUUAAGGUUUAAAAUAAAAAGAAGCUGAUUUGACUAGUAGGAAACUAGCCUAUUAACGAGGUCGACUCGGUGCGCCUAGUGGACGCCAGGCUUUAAACAUCACUUUGGCCACUUGACGUUUCUAAUCUGUUAAUAUAAAUGUGAUCUUUUCUUAGCAUUAAAAUUUAACGGUACGUAUUAUUUCAUUUGCUAAUGACAUAAAUUAUAUAAACAUGACCAUUAAAUAGUGAGCGAUUAAUUAUAAUAGGUACCUACAUAUAAAAUUGGUUGCUUAGAAAUACGUAAUAUACAAGACUGCUUGUAGAUUUAAUUAUGUUCAUUACUAAGGCAUGCCAAUCAGAAUCUUUCCAACUAUGUAGCCAUGUGCAAGAAAAGUCCUCUUUUAUUAAAAUUUGUUGCCUAAAAAUUAAACAUUAUUUUUAUUACUACGUAAUUUUGGAAAAUUAUAGGAAAAUGUUUAAUACAAAAUUUGUCUCCUUAUGUAAAAAGCUGCUUAUUACUUGUUGAUACCUGUCUGUUAUAUAUGCUCUUUUAAUAUGAUGAUAUGGAGGAAUUGUUGAAAUUAUGGGAUUGAGAAGUCUUUGAGAAUGAAAAUUAAAAUAAACGGAAGUCCAAUAACCUGACCACAAAACUUAAAUUUUGAAAAAACCCCGGACAUAGUAAACCGAUUUUCAUGAAACCUAUAUGGCCAAGAACACUCCCAACUAACUCAGCUUUCAAAUAAAAAAAAACUAAAUCUAAAUCGGUUUAUCCGUUCGGAAGCUACGAUGCCACAGACAGACACACACAGACACAGACAGACAGACAUGUCAAACUUAUAACACCUCGUCGUUUUUGCGACAGGGGUUAAAAAACGAUUUAUGUCGCUAAUUACCUUAGUUUAUUUGCAUUUAAAAUGCACAUAAAUAGUAAUAAAUAUUAGUAUAUUAAGAAUGUCUCAAUUAUUUGAAAAUACGAAUGUUAACUGCAAGAGUAGGUACCUUUUAACAGGCUUAUUAAUAAAAAAAGCUUAGACAAGGUAUGAAGAAACUUUUUCUUGUAUGACACGACAUAAGUAUGUAGCUAUAAGUUGCAUUUCUCGGCCCAUAACCUGUUAAGUGGCGGUAGGUAUAAAAAUGCUUGUCUACGCAAAGAUAACUCCAGCAGGGUAAAUGUGCCGAAAACAAGCUUUAGAUCCAUUAUACUAUAGUCAGCAGCUUUAUUGCUUAAUGAAAAAGUAUUAUAGACGUUAACUUGAGGCGCGUAUCUAUACUUAUUAUACUUAACCUACUUGAAAUCGAACGCGAGUUCCCAACUUUCUGCUAUUACUUACAGUGUAUAUAAUGUACCAUUUCGGCGCUUAUAUUAAACUGUGAACAAAUACUUACUACUACCGAUACCUAGACUACAUUAUAGUUAGUAGGUAAGGUACGGCAAAUCUCGACUGGGGGGCAAUUGUAACUGAUCCAUUUUUUUUCUAUCACUACACUAUUAUAUAUAAUGCUGAGUUCUACAUGUAUCCACUGAACACGCCUACCAUAUAUAACCGGAGGACACUCUAUUUAAUAAUGCAAACAUUGUAAAACAUGGAAAAUAUGGAUCAGUUACAUUUGCCCCUCAGUCGAGAUUUGCCCCGCUGUACCUUAUGUCAGUAUCUUGGUCAUUAUUAAUAAAAAAAUAUAAUUAAUGAGCCUCCAUUGUUUUCUGUUUUGGUACAAAGUUUUGCAAUAAAAAUGGCUUAUGUAGGUAAAUGUUACGUAGAAAACAUAUCAAAUGAGAUACCUGUGGUUACAAAUUAUAGUAAUAUAUUAUAUACUCAUGCUGGCAUUCAUGAUUUUUAUGUAUUUCUUAUUAUGUACAAAUACGACACACAAUAUAUAUAAUAUAUAUAAACCUACAGAUGAAAAUCAUAGUAAACUGUUAUGACAAUUAUUAAUGUUACUAUUCACAAUAAUUUGACAUUGUAGGUAAUUUUAAGUGUGACAUAUCGUUAAAUUGGUAGGUGUAUAAGUCUAUUUUGUAACUAGUCAACACACUUAAAUUUAAUUUAUGUUGGUGUCAGAUUGUACAUAUAAUAUGUACUGGGGGUGUGUAAUGAUUGGUAUAACUUUUUUUGGUAUA